AUUUUUAGUAAGAUUGACGUUGUUAAUCGUGCUGGUUAGAAAUUUUUUGCAUGUUUAGUUGGUUCGUUUAAGGAAAGAAAUUUUUUGACUUGGUUUUUUUCACACAUAUUUUGGAUCGUGUAGUAUUAGGUUUUCACAUCUCUAGUUUUAAUUACAGAACACAUUUCGUUGAGAUUUGGCGACUUGACGGAAACUGUCUGUAAUAGGAAAGGUCGCCGAUGCUUGGAGUAGAUGUGAUUUCGGUUCAAACGGUCAUCAAUAACGGACUUUGAACCCGGUGCCGGCAAUGCUGCUUUAGUUAAGCAAAUUUUAGUAUUCCCCAGGCGCCGCUCUCCGAGUCGAAACAGUCGACAUCUUGUACUGCUGUCCGCAACAGGUUCUGCUGCGCCUUACUCAUUUCCACUCGCUCGCAAUCACUGUCGCCACGACGAUAUUUUUUAGCAUAUUUAUUUGUAUCAGACUCAUAAAGACGUAAGUAAUGGCAAGUGCUCAGAAGACUGAUAAUGCGCCUGCAGAACGCAAAGCUAAUCCGUUUAAAUCGUUCAUCACUGGCGGCUUUGGCGGCAUAUGCAAUGUGCUCUCUGGCCAUCCUCUCGACACGAUUAAGGUACGUUUGCAAACAAUGCCACGGCCAGCGCCUGGUGAGAAGCCCUUGUAUAGCGGCACCUUAGACUGUGCCACCAAGACCAUACGCAACGAGGGCGUGCGCGGCCUGUACAAGGGCAUGUCUGCACCACUUACUGGUGUGGCGCCCAUUUUUGCGAUGUGCUUUGCUGGCUAUGCUCUAGGCAAACGACUGCAGCAGCGCGGCGAGGACUCUAAGCUGACCUAUCCUCAAAUCUUUGUCGCUGGCUCGUUCUCUGGCCUCUUCUCUACGUUUAUCAUGGCGCCUGGUGAGCGCAUCAAAGUGCUAUUGCAAACCCAGGGCAUUGGCCCCGGGGGCGAAAAGAAGUACACCGGCAUGAUCGACUGUGCUGGCAAACUGUAUAAGGAGGGCGGUCUCCGGAGUGUUUUCAAAGGUAGCUGCGCAACGAUGCUUAGAGAUCUGCCUGCUAAUGGGCUCUAUUUCCUGGUCUAUGAGUACAUACAGGAUGUGACCAAGGCCCACUCGAAGACGGGCGAAAUAAACACUGCCUCGACCAUAUUUGCGGGCGGUGCCGCGGGCAUUGCCUAUUGGAUUUUGGGCAUGCCUGCUGAUGUGCUCAAGAGUCGUCUGCAGUCGGCACCUGAGGGCACAUACAAGCACGGCGUGCGCAGCGUGUUCAAGGAUUUGAUUGUCAAGGAUGGUCCAUUAGCUCUGUAUCGCGGCGUUACGCCCAUUAUGAUACGUGCCUUCCCAGCCAAUGCGGCCUGUUUCUUUGGCAUUGAGUUGGCCAAUAACUUCUUCAAUUUGGUGGCACCUAAUUUCUAGUAAAGAAAGAUUUUUUAAUCGUUACUUUCCCAAAUCACAGGUAGACCCAGGGCUUUUUUUUAUUAAUGUUCAAGCUAAAAGUUAAGUGUUAGUCGUGUGAAAACAAAAAUACUAUGUAAAUUA